AUGGAAUUAGUCGAUAUUCUCAAUGCUGAGGACGAUUCUUCAUCGGUUGAGUUGCUACAGGAGGAUAGUGAUUCCACAAUUUCUGUUGACACUGAAAAUCACUAUAAAGAUCCGUUCUUCAUGGAUGUUCAGGGUAGUAACCGGACGCCGACUUCCGCUGCCUCUUCUCACAAGCUCAGUGCGGCUACGCAGUCGUCGUCAACGUCGUCUGCUGCAGAUGUCUGGCGGGAAUCGUACCGAUCACCAAGGAGCACUUGCUCAGCUGACAGUGAAUACUCGUCUCAGCUUCCCUUUUUUAUGGGGGCCUAUAGUUCGAGAAGCGUAGCAAGCAGUUUCCUCAGAGAUGUUGAUCGAAUGCGAAUUGCUGAAGAAUCCAGUUCUCGAGCUAAAACUCCACAACCUAUCUCACUUGACGAAGUUUCAUCCUCUUCGGAUCUCAUUGGAAAACAGGUAUCUGGCGUGGAAGAUGAAUUGGCUAUGGCAGCUAGAUGGGCCGAGGAUCACGAUCUAAGGAUUUACGAUGGUGAUGAGUUCCUGGAGUGUAGUGCGCAACCCGAAUCUAGUGAAAAGAGGAGAUCAGAAGAUACAGCCAAAAGAAAGAGGGAGAGCCGACCAAAUAUCGCGUCGCGAACACAAACAGGCAUAAAUUCUGUUGGACCAGAAACAUCCGAUCGGGACAAGGUUGGAAGUACUUCAAAGCAUAAGGUCGACUCUACAAGGACAUCAAUAGAAAAUGCUCGGAAGAGGAAUAGCUCACCAAUUCAACGCAACCGUUCGUUGUCCCGUUCACGAGGCCAAGAGCGAAAACGUUUUGCAUCUGAUAGGAGUAGUGAGAAAAGAAGAGAGGGGAGGCAAUCGCGUUGCCGCGAAUCGUCGCCUCGCUCUAGCCAUACAAGAACCUCUACCACCAGUUCGAGACUUUCUGCCAGUUCCGCCGAGAAAGCUCACAAUCUUCCUCGCUAUUUGCCCGUCGAACGGCGAUACGACUUUACUCGAUGGCUUGACUCGGAUGGAGAACUCGUUCUCCACAAAGUGAAAGACGUCGCUACCGGACUGGUGUCAGCCCCACUGGGCUGCACGUAUGACUCGGCAUUGGAUACGUUUGUGUUCACUCGUCAUGACAGUAUACUGUUUUCAACCAGCGAUGGUCGGCUCCUAGACAAUCUUACUCUGAAAGGAUUCGAUCAACCUUGCGCUAUUUGCGUCCUUCGGCCGGGUGAUUAUUGGAAGUUAUGUUUUUCCCAUGUCCGAAGGCAUGCGCCAACUCGAACGCUCAGCCAUGAGCUUUUGCGGAUAGUACUGGAAGUCAGAUUUUCUUCACGGAUCUUCGGACUAAUACCCUCACGUGCAUGGAAAUGGUUGGAAAUCGGCUUGAAAAAGUAUACAGUCGGUGUAUGCAACAGUUACCUGCACAUCGUGGAGAAGAAGCUCUGA